UUGUGAUGUAAGUCGAAAUUAUUUUUUAUCGAAAAAAGAAGUGCAUCAGUUUUAAGUUCAAUCGAAAAAUGAAGACUAAAUUUUUGUUGUCAUUAUUGUUUUAUUUUGUUUAUGGAUCUGAUGAUUUUCCAAGAACCUUAGAUAUAUCCCCGAUUAAUGAAUGCAUGGGUCAACCUAAUGGAAUUCGACUUCCAGGACCAACAUGCAAUCAAUUUUUUCUUUGUGAUAGCAACACGGGAAUAAUUCUUACUUGUAGAGCAACUGAACCACAUUUUGAUAGAUGUGAACAGAGAUGUGUUGAUAAUCCUCUUGUAUGUGAUAUAACAACUUGUGGUGGGGACACACCAACAACUACUUUAGCAACAACAACAAGGUUUAUACCACCAACAGUUCCACCUGGUUGUCCAGUUCCUUGUGAGAAUCUUCCACAUACGUGUCCAUGCAGCCAACAAUGGCGAUGUAUAAAUGGAGUUUGUCAAUGCGAUCCAAACAUCUCAUGCUUUAUAACGAAAGCUCAAUGCUUAGCAGAUUCACAAUGUGGAGGAACCAAUGGUUGUCCUGAACGAUGUGAAUGCAUAGAUGAAAAUAGUUGUAUCUGCAAUAAAAAUACUCAAUGUCCAUUCAACAUUCUUCAAUGUAGUGCAAGAUGUGGAUGUCAAGAAAAUUGUGAUUGCAUUCAGAGUAACUUGAGAUGCUUCUGUCAUGAAAAUUGUCAAUGCAAUGAGCCUCAAGACUGUCCUUUUACUCCAAAAGAGUGUUCUGAACUGUGCUCAUGUGAGCAGCAGUGUGUGUGCAAUGGAAAUAUGUGCAGAUGUGAUUCAGCAGUUUCAUGUUGAUUAAUAAAUUUUUUGACACCAACUCUGUAAGACUCAUACUAUCGAUCUAAAUAUGAAGACUUGUGCAUUACAACUUUAAUAUUCAGGUAUAGUUUCCAAAACUUCGAUAACUUUGAUUCAAUUAAUUAAAAAUAAUUGAAAUUUUCAAACCACUUUUUUGCCAAUCAAUGUUAAUUAUCGUUGAAGUGUACCAUCCUAUUAAAUUCUAAAUAAUUGAUCAUCAACUUCCUUCAACUGCUUUUCAAUGAUGCUCUUUGUAAAAUGUUUGAAAUUUUCUCCAUUCAUUGUUAAAGA